AUGUCCUCCGUCCCUACCAGCGCAGUUCCCGUCUUCAAUGGCCUCAAGCACCUUCCUUGCCCUAAGGAGGCAGGAGGCGCAGAGUGCAGCACCCCUGGGUGUCUCUUUGGCCACAGGGCCUCGUCACUCGAUGGCGCUGCAGAUGCGCGGCAACCGAAGCGUCAGAGGGUGGAAGACACUCAUGGUCCAGAUACAAACUACUCGCAACUGAACGGGCAAACCGCUGGUGAUGCGCAAUCACGCAGCUCGCAGACCAGCAAUCCACCCUCCAUUGUGCCUAAGGGCGGUAGCUCAACCCGUCACAAUCCGGAUAUCAACAACUCACUGGUCAAGGGUCCCAACGUCGACAUUCUACAGAUGGGUGAGGGCCAGGUUCAAGAUUUCAUCUCUCAGAAUUCUCGGGCUGAGAGCCGACAAGUCACGACGAAUGAUGAGAUCAAGACGUCUCAGCUUUACGAUCCAUUGUCCCCGCCGUCGCCGUCUUCCGUGACGCAUCAAUCAAUGCAACCAACAAAGACUAGUGGUUCACAGCCAUCGAGACUUGGCUCAGUUAUUUCUACUUCCUCUGCCUCGCAGAAAAGGCCGUCUCCAGUUGCUCGGCAGUCAACGCCGAUAUCAACCAAGGGUUCCGAGUUGUCGAAGCUCAAUUCGGUACCUAUCAAGCCUGAAUCACUAGCAUCGGGCUCGUCCGCCCCCAAGGACGGCCAGGCCAAGCCACCCUCAUCCGGCUCCCAGACCAUGACCAAGCCGGCCAGGAAGCCAGAGACUUUGAACCCCCGGCACCUUCAGAAAGCUCCGGCGACUCAUAACGUCCGGUUGCAAUUGCUCAAACUCCUUCACCAGCAAUUCGCCCGCCUCAACGAAGGAGUCAGUAAGACGAGCGCAAAGCACACCGAGAUCAAGGGGCUGGUCCUGUCAGGUCAGGAACUCAUAUGGAUGGCCCUGGACCGCGAGCAGCAUAUUGCCACCCACAAGGCGUCGAUUUAUGGAAAUAUCAUCAAGCAGGAUGUGGUGAGAUACAAGCGGAUGACGGUGGACGACUGGGUCAAGGAGCGCAAAGAAGCAACGGAGAAGAAGGCGCCAGAGAAGAAGCCAGCCAAUGGCCCACCUGUUGUCAUCAUGACAGGCUUGAACGCCGACCAAGAGGUUGAGGUCCUCAAGAGAAGGCUGGUCACGCCUAUCACAGAUCUCGCGGCAUAUGGCUAUGUCCCCAUUCCACCUACCGAUGAACAAAUCGCCGAGGCGAAAGCGGCCGUUCAGAUGUCUCAGAACUGGGAGAAAUGCGAUAGAUGUACUGCGCGGUUUCAAGUAUUCCCUGGCCGCAACAUCGAGACUGGGGAGCUUGCAUCUGGCGGGCAGUGCACUCAUCAUCCAGGGAAGCAGUACCUUCCUGAUCGUCCAAAGGGAGACCACACCCACAUCCCAAAGCGGUAUCGGUGCUGCCAGCAGGACGUCGGUGAAUCACCUGGCUGCGCCAAGGGAAGCAACCACGUGUGGAAGACCAGCGAUCCCAAGCGGCUUGCGGCACUAUGGAACUACGCAGCUACUCCUCCAAACGCAAAACCCGAUACGGCAAAGGCCGUCUGCUUCGACUGCGAGAUGGGUUACACCGUGUACGGCAUGGAGCUGAUCAGGUUGACAGCAACCUCAUGGCCAGACGGUGCGGAGCUUCUCGACGUACUUGUACAGCCUUUCGGCGAGAUUCUAGACCUCAACUCGCAGUACAGCGGCGUCUUUCCAGAGGAUCUGGCACGAGCGGUAUCCUGGACCAAGGAUUGGAAGCCCGCCGCGCAGCAGCCUGGCGAGAGGAGGAUACUGCAGAAGGCCUCGUCUCCCGAAGUCGCUCGCGACCUCCUCUUCUCCCUCAUCAGCCCCGACACUAUACUAAUCGGCCACGGCCUCGAAAACGACCUGAACGCCAUGCGCAUGGUCCACUCCAAGCUCGUCGACACGAUUCUGCUCUACCCGCACAGACGAGGCCUGCCAAUCCGAAAUGGCCUCAAGUUACUUAUGGAGCUACAUUUGAACAGGCGCAUUCAGAUGCAAGGGGCGGAGGGCCAUGACAGUGCGGAAGAUGCCAGGGCCGCGGGCGAAUUGGCGCGGCUGAGGGUCCAGAAAGAGUGGUCUCUGAUGCAGUCGAAUGGCUGGAAGCUAGUGGACGGCAUUGUGCGGGAGCCUGGCUGGGAAGCUCUACAACAAGAAGGCCGCAUCAGCGAGGACAUGGAGGAAGGGGGCGCUUUUCUAAGCGAGGAGUUUUUGGAGGCUCCGUAG